ACAUGUGUUUCUGUUUUGUAUUGUAGCAUUUGUUCUGGAGGCUCAUAUUUACAUUUUAAGUGCAUCUGGUGGGUGGGCGCUAAGGGAGGAAAGGGAAAAAAAAAAAAAAAUUUACCUCCUUUUUUCUGCAACAGGAAACACCACCAAAAAUAUUGCAAAGGCCCCGAGUUGUUGCUUUCUUUAUGCUGCACCCUUCGCCCUAAAACCAGGCGCCAUGCCCCGGAGGAAAGCGGCGGGGCCGCCCUGGGACACGGGCCCGGGCAACGGGGCGGCGGCGGCGGGGAGGAGGAGGAGGCCCGGCCCGGCGACGGCCGGGGGGAGGCGGAGGCCGCGGCCCGAUCGCGGUGGAGGGAGCAGCGGAGGAAGCAGCGAGGAAGAAGCGCCCCGAGAACGGCGGCCGCGGGACGGCAGCCCCGGAGGGAGGAGACCGGGCAGAGCCGGAGGAACCGGGAGUGGGGGAGUCGGUGGAACCGGUGGAGGAGGAGGAGGAGGAGGAGGAGGAGGAGGCGGCGCGGCGAGGGGACAGAGCGUCGUGAUCUGCGAGCCCGAGCACAGCAAGGAGCGCAUCAAACUCGAGGGCUCCAAGUGCCGGGGGCAGCUCCUCAUCUUCGGAGCCACCAACUGGGACCUGAUCGGCCGCAAAGAAGUGCCUAAGCAGCAAGUUGCAUAUCGGAAUCUGGGCCAGAAUUUGUGGGGGCCGCACAGGUACGGGUGUCUCUCAGGUAUUCAGGUGCGGAGCGUGGUGUCGGGACCCUGCGCCGCUCACAGCCUGCUCAUCACCGCCGAGGGCAAGCUCUGGAGCUGGGGGCGCAAUGAAAAGGGGCAGCUGGGCCACGGGGACACGAAGAGGGUGGAAGCCCCGAAGCUCAUCGAGGUGCUGGGGGGCGAAGCCAUCGUGGUGGCAGCCUGCGGCCGGAACCACACGCUGGCGCUUACAGAGAGUGGUUCGGUGUUCGCUUUCGGGGAGAAUAAAAUGGGGCAGCUGGGGCUGGGGAAUCAGACGGACGCUGUGCCCAGCCCUACGCAGAUCAUGUACAACGGGCAGCCCAUCACCAAACUGGCCUGCGGGGCCGAAUUCAGCAUGAUCAUGGAUUGCAAAGGAAACCUCUACUCCUUCGGGUGCCCCGAGUACGGGCAGCUGGGGCAUAAUUCGGAUGGGAAAUUCAUCGCCCGGGCGCAGCGGAUAGAGUACGACUGCGAGCUGGUGCCGCGUCGCGUGGCCAUCUUCAUCGAGAAGACCAAAGAUGGGCAGAUCCUGCCCGUCCCCAACGUGGUGGUGCGGGACGUGGCGUGCGGGGCCAACCACACGCUGGUCCUGGACUCGCAGAAGCGCGUUUUUUCCUGGGGAUUUGGGGGUUACGGGCGGCUGGGCCACGCCGAGCAGAAGGACGAGAUGGUGCCUCGGCUGGUGAAGCUCUUCGACUUCCCGGGCCGCGGGGCGGCGCAGAUCUACGCCGGUUACACGUGCUCCUUCGCCGUCAGCGAGACAGGCGGCUUGUUUUUUUGGGGUGCCACUAACACUUCCCGGGAGUCCACCAUGUACCCCAAAGCCGUGCAGGACCUCUGCGGCUGGAAAAUCCGCAGCCUGGCCUGUGGGAAGAGCAGCAUCAUCGUGGCGGCGGAUGAGAGCACCAUCAGCUGGGGACCCUCGCCCACCUUCGGGGAGCUGGGUUACGGGGACCACAAGCCCAAAUCCUCGACGGCCGCCCAAGAGGUGAAGACCCUGGAUGGGAUCUACACGGAGCAGGUGGCCAUGGGCUACGCCCAUUCGCUCGUGAUCGCCCGCGACGAGACCGACGCCGAAAAAGAGAAGCUCCGCAAGCUGCCCGAAUACAACCCCCGCACCAUCUGAGGGGCUCCCCCCUCCCCGCCGGGACCCGGGGUCCCCCCCAAACCCCGCUUUUCCAAGCCAGCCGCGGUUUUAACUACCUGUUCUCCCAUUUCCAAAGCCCUGGGGGGGGGUUAUUCCCCCACACCCCCCCCACGGCUUUUUGAGUUCCCGACCGUAGCAGGAUCUUUUGGCACAGCCAGGCUUAUUUUUUUGGGGGGCGCUUUUUUUUUUUUUUAAUUAUUUUUAUUUUAUUUUUCCCCACAUUGGUUUUGUAUUGUUUCCCCUUUUCCCAGCUACAAAUAUCCGCGGGCUCGGGAUAAAAUCGGGGACCCGAAGAGCAGCUGCAAAAUGCCUCUUUUUUUUUUUUUGCCCCCAAUAUUCCAAUUUUUUGGUGUUUUUCCCAAAUACCUCCCGCUUUGGGUGCUAUAAUUUUGGGGGGGGUGUCGUUUCCCCCCCCCCCCAAACAUCCCUUUUCCCGGAGGGAUUCAGGAUAAAACCAUCACCCCACAUCCCCCAAGGGCCAAACCCAUCCCCAGCAUCAUUUUGGGGUUCCCCCCCCCUCCCCGCUAUCGCAGCCCUCGCCCACCCCAGGGAGAUCUCAGGUAUGAAGAGGGGGAAGCCCUAAAGCAUCAUUAAGGUGGUUUGUUGUUUCGGGUUUGGGUUUGGGUUUUUUUUUUCUUGGAAUUACUCUGAAUUUGUUUUAAUUAUUAUUAAUUAUUUCUGCCUGGUAUCAACCCAAAAUCCCUCCUACGACGUUGUGCACUGUGCUGGAGAAACGAGGUGCCUUUUUGAGCAGAGCCCAGCUCUGCCUCCACGCAACCCAAGGGUGAUUUUUUUUUUUUUUAUUUUAUUUUUUAAUUUUAGGGUUUAUUUUAAUUUUUUUUUUUUUUUUUUUUUUUUUAAAUUGUAAAGUCCUUUCCGCUCUCCUCGACGGGUCGCGCUGGGUGCUCGGGAGCGGCGUUCGCCCCCGUUCGGGGAGUUUUGCAGGUUUUUUUUUUUUUAAAAAAAAAAGGGGUGUUUUUGUUUGGUUUUGGGGGGGUUUUAUUUGC